AAUCCAAUGCGCUGACGACGCAAAAUGUUCCACUACUCUGGACUCACAAUAAAGAGAAUGAUCUCACAAAACACACACCCAAACACACACGCACACACACACACUCCUCACAGAUCCUACCAUUAAUUUCAGCGUCGCGACGCGCACCCAGCUUUGAUGGUCGCUAUAAAAUAGAAGCGUCAAAUAAUCAUAAAACUUCUCUCCAAACGGGACUGACGAGCAUCACUGUAAAGUAGGACAGGUGGAAAUUCAGAAGUUUUCAGGCUUGGCUCUUGUGCAGGAAAGAAGAUGAACAGAGUUACUAAGACCCAAACAAACCCAUCAACGCCUGGGCUAGACAUGGCUCCUUGCUUUAAGGUGACCGUGUUCGAGCAGGAGCAUUUCCAAGGCAAAUGUCAGGAGCUCACCUCAGAGUGCCGCAACAUCCAGGAGCGUGGGUUUGACAACAUCCGCUCUAUCCGUGUGGAGAGCGGCGCCUGGGUGGGAUACGAGCACCAUGACUUCCAGGGACAGCAGUUUGUCCUGGAAAAAGGAGAAUAUCCUCAUUGGGAUGCCUACAGCGGCAGUCUGGGCUACCAUGUGGAGAGGAUGAUGUCGCUGCGCCCCAUCUGCAGCGCUGACCACCAGAGCAGUCACAUGGUCAUCUAUGAGAAGGAGAACUUCCUGGGCCGCAAUGUAGAGCUGUGUGACGAUUACCCAUCUCUGCAGGCCAUGGGCUGGUGCGACAAGCAAGUGGGCUCCAUGCAUGUGCAGUGUGGCGCUUUUGUGUGUUACGAGUACCCUGGCUAUCGAGGACAGCAGUACGUUAUGGAGUGUGACAGGCACAGCGGAGACUACCAGCACUGGAGGGACUGGGGCUCCCACUGCCAGACCCCUCAGAUCCAGUCCAUCCGCAGAAUCCAGCAGUAAUGCCUCAGGGCGCAUGGAAGGAAACGGAAAGCGUGCAGAGUUUGGAAGCAGACGAGUCACACCAGUCAUUCUAGCAGCAGUCACUUUAUGAGGUGCAGUGUGGCAAAUUGUAAGACCUUCACUGGCUGCAUGUAGUUUCCACUUGCGGUGCUCUAGUACUAUACCAAAAAAAUAAAAUAAAAUAAAUAAAGUCCAAGCAUACAUAGAAACACAUCAAUGCCCGUUCAAGAAAAAGCACCAGCUCACAUUCAUCCCCACAUGUGAUUCAAGGUAAAGUAGCAGCAUAUAAAAACAAUAUUCAUAUGAGACUAAUAUUCUAUACAGAAGCACAGUGGGAGACACCGGAGAGUAAAAAUGUGUCAAUAACGGCAAGAUGUGUAUCUGUAUAUGCAACCAUGUCACGUCUCUGUGACGUUUGAGUGCCAUAUGGGGACAGAUGGGAGUGUGUGUUGGACCAUUCGGAGGAGAGGAGGACAACGAUUGACUAAUAAAAACAUACUCACCUCAAACUAGCAUCUUUGUCUUUUUGCCAGUUUGCAAAAAGAUUGUAAUAUACCUAGUAAAUGUUUUAUGACAGCAGUAAGGCACUAAUACACAAAAUGGUUAUAAUGCUGGGGAAAGUAUUUUAAGAAAUAUUAUUCAUUUCAUUUUGGGGGGAAAAAUCCUAAUUGACCACCAUCCAGAGCAAAUCGUACUCUAGCGUCAAUGCAUGCUCAAUUAUUUCUUUUUGUCUGAAAUCCAAGCUUAAAUGGGGCAGUUCACAGAGAAUGCAUUAUUAUAUCCCACUGUUUAUGUAAACAUGAUGUGCUACAUUUUUUGGCUGCUGCAUUGCACACAAGUUUCAAAAUCUGCUUAGGAAAAUCUUUCACCCUCACAAGAAAUUUCCAAUCGCUUGGAUUCCUACUUGAUUUCACCUGCGAGAAAAUUUGCCUAAACAGUGAUAAACUUAAAAAACUAAAAUAAAACACAGCUCAAGUUAAAUAUUUCCAUUCCACUGCCCUUCCUCUCACAUUUUCAAAUGCAUUGUUGAACUUAACUUGAGUACUGCAUU